UAAGUUUGCCUUUUAGGUGGAUUCUCUCUUCUCUCGCCGCUUACAAUGCCAGCUAGUUUUCCAUUGUCUAUCAGUGAAAUAAAUUUAAAGAAACCUUAUCAUCGGAACCUAAAAGGUAGAACGAAAAAAAAAAGAGAGAAAGCGAACAGCUUUGAUUCCAGCUAAGACUGGAGGGGGACUCUGGGGACGGAGGGAGGAAGAGAGGACGGGGAAGGAGGGUGCUAGAGAAAAGAGGAUGGUGGGGAUUUGGGUUGUUUUGGCCUGCAUCUGGGUCUGGAAUCCGAGCUUUGCCAAUGGCGACACGGACCCCGCUGACGUUUCUGCUCUCAAUGGACUGUAUAACAGCCUGCAAUCGCCGGGCCAGCUGACAGGUUGGACCUCAAAUGGUGGUGAUCCCUGUGGACAGUCAUGGUUGGGUGUUACAUGCUCUGGUUCGGCAGUUACAACGAUAAAAUUGUCUGGCUUGGGACUUUCCGGUACUUUGGGGUACCAGAUGUUGAGCAUGACUUCACUAACAGAGCUUGACAUGAGCAAUAAUAAGCUUGGAGGUGGACAACAGAUAACUUAUAAUCUUCCUCUAAAUCUUGAGAGACUAAAUCUUGCUGGAAAUCAGUUCACUGGAAAUGUACCUUAUUCAAUUUCUCAGAUGGUCCCACUAAAAUAUUUAAAUCUUGGCCGUAAUCAACUCCAGGGCAGCCUGAAUGACAUGUUUGGACAACUUACCAAUCUCACCACAAUGGACCUCUCCUCCAAUUCUCUUUCUGGUGACCUUCCAGAGAGCUUUAGCUCCCUAUCAAGUUUGACUACCUUAUACUUGCAAAACAACCAGUUUACAGGUUCCAUAAAUGUCCUUGCCAAUCUCCUUCUUGAUGAUCUGAAUGUUGCAAAUAACCACUUCACUGGAUGGAUUCCUGACAAGUUGAAGGGGAUAAACAAUCUUCAGACUGGUGGUAACUCAUGGAGCUCAGGACCUGCACCUCCACCCCCACCAUAUACACCUCCUCCUCCGGGCCGACGAAGCAACCCUGGUCAACAAUCUGGUGGUAGCAACAGUCCAUCUGGUGGCGGUGGUAAAAGUUCUGGUAUAGGUGCUGGAGGAAUAGCUGGAAUCAUUAUAUCUAUUUUUAUCAUAGGUGGAAUUAUUGCAUUUUUCUUGAUAAGAAAACGAACACGAAAGUCUUCAAGAGCAGAAACCCUCGAACAAGAUCAGCCUUUCACCCCACUCGCUUCAAAUGAGGUUAAAGAGAUGAUAUCCUUCCAAACAUCCUCUACUAUCAACAUAGCUACAGUGCCAUCAUCUGCUCCAAUUAGCCUUAAACCUCCUCCUAGACACAAAUCAUUGGAUGAAGAUGAUUUCUCAAACAAGCCUGUUAUGAAGAAAGCAAAUACAGAACCCAUUAAAGCAACUGUGUAUUCAGUAGCUGAUCUGCAGAUGGCUACCAAUAGUUUUGCCAUAGAUAAUCUUAUUGGUGAAGGGACUUUUGGACGUGUUUAUAGGGCACAAUUUAGUGAUGGAAAGGUUUUGGCUGUGAAGAAAAUGAAUUCUUCAGCCUUGCCAAAUCAAUCAACUGAGAACUUCAUUGAGUUGGUUUCCCAUAUCUCACGAUUACAUCAUCCAAAUUUGACUGAGCUGGUGGGAUACUGUUCUGAACAUGGACAACACUUGCUGGUUUAUGAGUUUCACACGAAUGGUUCACUUCAUGAUCUCCUUCACCUCUUGGACGAAUACAGCACACCAUUGUCUUGGAAUAACCGUGUCAAGAUUGCACUCGGUGCUGCACGGGCAUUAGAGUACCUGCAUGAGGUUUGUUCUCCAUCUGUUGUCCAUAAAAAUUUCAAGUCAUCAAAUAUUCUGUUGGACAUGGAACUCAAUCCUCACCUUUCAGAUUGUGGGCUUGCAAACCUCAUCCCGGAUGCAGAAUUUCAGGCAUUAGAUCAGAACAUGGGUUCUGGAUACACUUCCCCUGAGGUUACCAUGUCAGGACAGUAUACUCUGAAGAGUGAUGUGUACAGUUUUGGAGUGGUCAUGCUGGAGCUUUUGACUGGACGGAAGCCUUUUGAUGACUCUAGGCUGCGAGCUGAGCAGUCAUUGGUUCAGUGGGCCACCCCUCAGCUCCAUGACAUUGAUGCAUUGGACAGGAUGGUUGAUCCAGCCCUCAAGGGGUUAUACCCUGCAAAAUCACUCUCUCGAUUUGCUGAUGUGAUUGCGCUCUGUGUUCAGCCUGAGCCGGAGUUCAGACCACCCAUGUCUGAGGUUGUGCAGGCUUUAGUUCGACUGGUGCAGAGGGCCAACAUGAGCAAGAGAAUGCUUGGUGGAGACACACAAGAGAGCUAGACGAGCUGACCAUCCAGAUACACAACUAAAUGAUCGAAGGCACAAGUUAGCUAGUUAGCUUGUGUCAAAUCUCUCAGAUGGUGACAUAUUUGUUUUCCAUGCAUGUCUUUUUUUAAAAAAGUUUUAUAGACGUAUUAUAGGUAAGAAUCCCGUCAUUUUAAAUGUUACAUCCCCCCGCCCCCACCCAAAAAAAAAAAGGCCUAAAACAUAUUAUUACUGUGUUUAAAACAGAAUUCUUUGAUUCACUUGGUAUUGAGAAUAAGCAAAUGGUCAUUCUGAUCGGAGUUCUACAUAAUUGUACAUUUUUAUUUUUGGUAAAAUGGAA